AUGGACCGCGGCAGUCUUGCCCCAGGCUCAAUCUUCGACUCCGAGCUCUACCCCAAGCGCGAAACCCCUUCUCCCCCUUCUCCAAAACGCGAACCCCGCAACCCACGCACCGCCCACCUCCGCGCCCGCCGUCACAUCAUCGGCCAAGCGCACCGCCGCUCCCGCAUAUCCCCGGUGGUCAGCAUCCGCAAGAAAGAACGCGAAUGUACGAGUAAAUCUCCGAUGUUCAAGACGUCCGUGAAGAAGCUGGGGCCAUUGGCGAGGCAGAUUGCAGGAAAGCCGCUCGGGGAGGCGAUGGUGCAGAUGCGGUUCUCGAAGAAGAAGGCCGCGAGGGAUGUGCUCAAGCAUUUAGUGCUGGCGAGGAGUACGGCUAUUGUGAAGAGGGGAAUGGGGUUGGGGAAGGGGAAGAAGGGAGAGGAGAAGCUGGGAGCGAAGGAGAGGGAGAGGGUGGAGGAGAAGGGGGUGGGGGUGGGGGAAAAGGUGCCUGGGGGGAGGUGCUGGAUGGGCAGGGAGAAGCGAAGAAAGCUGUUGUUGUACGAGAUAAGGAUGGCAAAAGACGCACCAUCGAGGACUUAA